GAAUCAGUAGACCGAUGAAGCCCAGCGCAGUGAAAUUCCUGCCUUCUUUGGAUUUCCCUGCAAACGUCAGCCAGGGAAGAGAAAGCGCAGCUGCUUCGCUCCGCCCCGUGACUGAGGCGAAGCAAAGAGCGUUUGUCCCGUUACAUCAGUGCGCCCAGAGGCUUAAACCCGGAGAAAUGCUUGAGAGACGAGGAGAAAAAGUUCCGUUUCUUCGCGUCAAACUGUGAGGAAAAUGGCGAGUCUGUGGAGACUGAAGCGGCUGAAUGAGGAAAAGGGUUACGUGAAUGCAGUAUGUCUUUAUAGUGAGGUGAGGAAACGGUGUCUUCAGUGGAGAACGGCACAACGCAAGCCUUCACUGCUUGGAAAAGGAAGCGUCAACUUUAUAAACGUUACAGUGUGACGCGUUUUCACUUAAGUAAUGUGUAUUGUACGCGCCGUUGGCAACUACCGAAAGAAUUAUAUUAAACUCUCCUCGCCGAGCAAGAGAGAAUUGAAAAGAGAGCUGCCAUAUCAACACUUGGAUGGAUUUUAACCGAUAAAUAUUGUGAUCGAUACAUUUGAAAGAUGUUUACCUCAUGUGUAACGGGACAACACUCACCUUCGGGUUGCGCGACGUGCACGCGAACGCACUUUGCAGAUGUUAGAUAAUCACAGUCGUCAGUCAUUUGACUCUAAAAUGCACAUAUCAGUUUGAGGAGACUGUUGUAUAUGAGUAAUCUGCUGUAUUGACUGUGCGAUGGCCCUCAGGUCUAGAAGACCGUUGGUGAGCGUCAUCGUGGGGGUUUUUCUGGGCUUCACAGCCGCGUCGUGGCUUGUUGUGCCCAGAGUUGUAGAAAUCAGUGCGAAGAACAGAAGGUCUUCAGUGUGUACAUACUACAAUAACGCCAGGGCUCAGGCUAAAGUUUCAGACACCGCCCACAGUACCUCAUCAACCAGUGGCAGACACAAGCAGCUGCAGCCAGUCUUCUCCAGCCAGGAAGGCAGUGAUGAAGGUGAAGAGGAGCUUAAUAGGACAGGGAACAGCAGUGGAGCGGGACAUGUACCUCCAGCUAAUAGUUUCUUGUAUGUGGGGGUCAUGACAGCUCAGAAGUAUCUGGCCUCCAGGGCCGUGGCUGCCUACAGGACGUGGACCCCCAGCAUCCCCGGGCGGGUGGAGUUCUUCUCCAGUGAGGGCUCUGAGAAGGUGCCCCUGCCAAUUCCAGUUCCUGUCAUCUCGCUGACAGAGGUGGACGAUUCAUACCCUCCUCAGAAGAAGUCUUUCAUGAUGUUGAAGUACAUGCACGACCAUUAUUUGGAUAAAUAUGAGUGGUUUAUGAGGGCUGAUGACGAUGUCUACAUCAGAGGUGAGAAGUUGGAGUUAUUUCUUCGCUCUCUUAACAGUAGUAAACCGCUGUAUCUCGGUCAGACGGGUCUUGGUACCACAGAGGAGCUGGGUAAACUGGCCCUGGAGCCCGGAGAGAACUUCUGCAUGGGUGGUCCAGGGAUGAUCUUCAGCCGGGAGGUUCUCCGCAGGAUGGCACCUCACAUUGGGUCCUGUCUCAGGGAGAUGUACACUACUCAUGAAGAUGUGGAGAUAGGACGCUGCGUCAGGCGUUUUGGAGGGACCCAGUGCGUCUGGUCAUACGAGAUGCAGCAGUUGUUCUAUGAGAACUAUGAACACAACAAGAAAGGUUUCAUCCAGGAUCUUCACAGUAGCAAGAUCCACAAUGCCAUCACGUUGCACCCCAACAAGCGUCCAGCUUAUCAGUACAGGCUGCACAGCUAUUUGCUCAGUCGCAAGAUCUCUCAGCUGCGGUACCGCACUAUUCAGCUGCACCGUGAAGGUGUCACCAUGAGCCGCCUCAGCAACACUGCGGUGCAGUGGGAGGACCAGCUACUGGGGGCGCCACCUUCCUACACACGCUACCGGCCCACAGAGCGGGAAGACAUCAUCGAGUGGGAUUUUGUUACCGGUAGGCACCUGUAUUCUACUAGUAAGAAGCAGAUGCCCCGUCAGGGCCUUGGAAACCUGGUCCGCUCAGCACUGGAAGACACAGUGCUUCAAGUGAUGGAAAUGAUCAAUGAGAACUCCAAAACUCGAGGCCGUGUCAUAGACUUCAAGGAGAUCCAGUACGGCUAUAGAAGGGUGGAUCCACUUCAUGGUGCUGAAUACAUCCUGGACCUUCUGCUGCUCUACAAGAAGCAUAAGGGUAGGAAAGUGACAGUGCCAGUACGGAGACACGCUUACCUUCAGCAGUCUUUCAGUCGGCCAUUCUUCAGCGAGGCAGAGGAACUGAAUGUUGCCGAACUAGAAGACACCAUCAAUGGUGACUCUCGUUCUCUCUCUUUCCUCUCCAACUCGCUCAAGAUCUUCUCUUCCUUCCAGAUCUCAGAGUCCACAAAAGUCCAGAGUCAGACAAAAGUCCACUUCCUUGUACCGCUCACCGGUCGCUAUGAAAUCUUUGUACGUUACAUGGAAAACUUUGAGAGAAUCUGCCUGAUCCCCAACCAGAACGUGAAACUGACCAUAAUCCUGGUUGACAAUGAUACAAACCAGGAUAAGGAGAGACACCUAGAGCUGAUAAAGGAAUAUCACAACAGAUAUCCUAAAGCAGACCUGUCUAUCAUACCUAUGACAGGAGACUUUUCUCGAGGACUGGCCCUUGAGAUGGGCUCCUCUCAGCUGAGGAACAACUCACUGCUGUUUUUCUGUGACGUGGACCUGGUCUUCAACACUGAUGCCCUCCAGAGGUGUCGUGACAACACCAUUGAAGGACGUCAGGUGUAUUUCCCUGUUGUCUUCAGUCAGUAUGAUCCCAAAAUUGUCUAUGCUGGUGACCCUCCAGAAGACAGCAACUUUGUCUUUACCAAGAAGAGUGGAUUCUGGCGAGAUUAUGGAUUUGGUAUCAGCUGCAUAUUCAAAAGUGACUUGCUUAGAGCUGGGGGGUUUGACACCUCAAUACAAGGCUGGGGUUUAGAGGAUGUUGAUUUGUUCACUAAAGUCAUUAAUUCUGGCUUGAAAGUGUUUCGCUCUCAAGAAGCUGGUAUUGUGCAUAUUUUUCAUCCUGUCCUCUGUGACACACAUUUAGAGCCCAAGCAAUACAAAAUGUGUGUGGGGUCCAAAGCAAGCACUUACGCAUCAACAAUGCAGUUGGCACAAUUGUGGUUGUCCAAACAUUUAGGUGUCGGUUAUAACAGGACUUCCUCCUGAUGUUCCAACCUGUCCCCAGCAAUCACUGGAGUUUACCUCAGAUCUGCAAAAGUGCAAACAGCAACGCAUUCACUGUACGUGUGAAUAAUUUUAGUGGUUCUGCGUUGAAUGUAUGUUGUAUCAAAUGAGUACAAUCCAACUCCUUUAGUGCAACUUUCAAAAGUUUUUCCUUGCCAUCUAAAAUGUUGCAGCAUCUUCCAAGUCUGAAAAGAAGGUCACUUUGGAGCUUAUGCGGUAAUUUGUUUUCCAUCUUUCGUUCCGCUCAUAUCUUAAAGAGCAUGUUCUGCCAUGUGUUUAAUAAGGUCCUAAGGACUAAGUAAAUUGGUGUUCUUUGUAUGUCAUUAAAUAGAAACAAGCUAGUUUACAUUGCAGUGGUUAUAAAAAUCAUAAACAAGACAAUAAUAAUAAUGUACAGAAAGUGCCACAAAUGUGCUUUACAUUUUCUCGCUGGGGAAAGUGCAAGACAAAUCGAGUUCUCUGAUUUAUACAAGGAGAAAUAAUAUACCUUAUUUCAGUAUUUUUUAAUGGAUGUGAACUGUUUGAUGAUUUUGUUUUUCUACCGAAAAUUGCUCAAUGAUAUUAUGGUACUGGUUACCAUGUGACAUCUAUGUCUUUGUUGUUUUUCUUGUGUGCUGCAAUGAUCAACUUACUUUUUUUUUGCUUUGUGGCUUUAAUGAUUUUUCCAUUUGCUGGCAGAAAAAUUCAGUGGCAUUGAAAUUAUUUAUAAUAAAAACAUUUAAAUGCAUACUA